AUGAGUCAUAGAGUUCAACUUCUUUUAGGAGCAUACCAUAUGACAUUUCCUUUGAAAAGUGUUGACAAAACGAUUGAGAUGAAAUCUGUUCCAUACGUAUGUUAUGGUAAUUGUUUGUACAUUGAGUCUAAAAUAGCUAAUGUCACAGGCAUUUCAGGAGUUAAUAGUAAAGGUUCAGUAGAAUAUAAAUCCUUCUGUUAUGCAGUCAAUUCAAUGUUCAUUCCAAACGUUCCUGUCAUAGCAACUCAUUUAGGUAAAUGGGUUCGCAUUAGUCCUCAUAAUUUGAAAGACAUGCAAUUCAGACUUGUUGACUUUCAAGGAGAGCCUGUAGAACUGAAGGCACCAGUGCGAAUGACUGUUGAAGUUGACUUUUUAGAAAAUAUUAAAUGCAACAGCUUACAAGAGAACUCAGAGCUAAAAAUAUAA